UGUUCGCACUGUGCUCUAUGCCGCGAAAUAUACACCGAACAACAGCGAAUUUUCCUCGAAGAGGAUGUGGGAGUGGCAUUCACCGUUCGUCCGCGCACCACGCAUCUGCGGUAUAAAAGCAACGUCCGUCGCCGCGCGCUCUCAGUUUCGUUCCGAAGCGGCCGAUCGUGAAACGAUACUUUCGACAUGCGGCUUCACACGGUAACACUGGGCGCGUUGCUCGUAGCGGGUAUUGUCUCGGCGUAUCCGCAAAAGGAUGGACAGAUCUUCAGUAACGAGGCGAUACGGCAGGCUCAGAAUACCUAUCUGAUCCCCAAGGACGCAACUAUACAGAAGGUUCAAGAAGGCAUCGAACUCGCCGCUUAUGAAUCGAUUCCCGGUGACCAGAGGAUCAAUCUCUUCGAGAUUCUGGGCGAACACGUGCCACCCGAAGUGGUAAACAAUCUCCAAGGCCAGAUCGAUCAGAUCGGUCGAAACUGAACCGCUCUCUCCAUACAAUCGUCGUCGUCGUCGUCGUCGUCGUCGUCGUCGUCAUCGUCAUUGUCGUGUAAAAACAAUCAUACUCUGAGCGUUUUGCGACGCUCAUCGAUACAAGUAUUUAUAUAUGAAUGUACGAUCAUUUCGUACUUUGCACUUUGCGCUUUCUGUACCUCUCUGAAAGUUUCUCGAUGUAGAGCGAUUUUUCACUUUUAGUAAAUAAACGUAUGUAAAAAAGCAGCUCACGCGUGCGUAUCACCCAGCAACGAUUGCACAUACCGUUCGACGCACUGUCCACUCGCGAAUAGAAAGUGGCUUAUUGACGAUAUAUCGGUGUCGCACAUGCGUAGCGUAACUACAAAAGUAUCGAGAUGCUUUUUUGUUUUUCUUUUUUAUUUAUAUACGUUAAACCGCCGCGUUUAGCAAAAGCCAGACACUUGGUAAGAUUAUUAUCUAGUCCGCGUCCGAUGAUCAUUGUCUAUAAUUGGGGUGUACUUGUGUGGACACCGUGAUAAAUUCACUAUAAUGCUAACCAGAGACAAUGAUUUUCAAGUGAAAUACGUUGAAAUACGUUAAACGCAAUCGACGACGAUGUACUCAUAUGUUCUCUCACAUGUACAGUACAGAAUAUACGAUGGCUGCGUGUUAUUAUUUUCAUCCGAGAUUCAUCCGUUUUGCUUUGAAAUUGUUCAUUUCGAAGUAAGUGAGCCGUCCGAAGUAAGACACGCAUAAUUUACAAAUUGUCAAAUUUGUCACGUAUUCUCGCGCGAGAAUGCUCUUAGUUUGAAUUAUGUAUGCCGCUAGUACAGAGAAAGUUGCAGGACCGCUCGUUGAAGAAGCGUACUUUCACUCCUUCUAUUCGCGGCGUUGCUAAACCCCGCGACUCUUCCCGGCUCCCGGCUAUUUAUCGCGAGACACGACAGACACACAGCAGCUCUGUGUGUGUCGGGCAAUUUCGAUAGAUGUGUCGCGAUAGGCGCGAUGAUUACGCGCGAGAUAUCGUGUCUCUCGAUGAUUAUCCGCAUCGUUAAUUUUAUUGUCUCGUUAUACGUAAUACAUGUGUUCACAAUGGGCCGAAAGGGAGAUUGCGAUUUUUGUGCAACUUUCACUUUCUCUUCGCGUACCAUCUCUCGCGCAUCGCGCGAUAAAUGCAUCAGCCAAGACGUGACAUAACGUUUAACGUACAGCCUGGACCGUUCCGUGCGUUAUCCUCGUUAUAAAGGUUCGUCGUUCGCAAAAAUAGUCAUCUCGAUCGAACUCGAUCGGUUGACGCUUUCCUGUACAAUCACUCGCGUAUGUAUACUCGGGUCAUUUUUACUCGGGCUAUUUUCCUUCUCUCUUUCUCUUUUUAUAAUACAACACAGUUAUCGUGUGUUUCUCAAUAACAGCGAAACAUUUCUUUCACGAGAGUAAGUGGGGCGUUUAAUAAAAACAAUCGCUUUCAUGUAUCAACACACAUUGCAUACAUUUUGGAAUAUCAAAACCACAAGAGUAAUAUUUGUACAUUAAUGAUAAAUAACUUAAAAACGGUUCAUUUUACGAUGAUAAGGUACAAAUCUGAGAACUACGCAAACAAAAUUGGACAAUCUCCGGUUAAUUCCGCCUAU